CUACUCGUCAGUAACAACCGGUCAGUUGUCGGUCAACCUCCGCCCACAACAAGAUGACCACCGGGAGAAAACUUAUCACCGCGACGAUUCUAAUUCUACAACUGACAUCAAUCCGGGCAUCGCAAGAAUUUCGCCGCUAUGGGGACACCCGAGAUUGGUACCUUGACAUCGUUUACAUUUCGAACAGGAACCCGGUACUACCACCCAACAAAGAUCCCUACCACGGAAUGGACACCCCCAUGUACAGCUACGACUGUGACGCCCACUACAACCUCAUCCGCGACGAGCUAAACUAUCUGCGCAACCUACUGGACAAGUGCACCGGUUGCCCCCGGCAGCACAGCUUUCCGGUCACGAACAGUGAAUUCUGCCACAAAGGUUUAUGUUUCCCGAGUGUUGCAUGCACCGAAUUAAACAACACUGCCCACUGUGGACCCUGUCCGAUCGGGUACGACGGUGACGGGCGACGGUGUACCAAGCGAAACCCGUGUCUGGGCGAACCGUGCUACCCGAGGGUACACUGUCUACCGGAUGAAGAAACCUAUCCGUACUAUCGUUGCGGCGAAUGUCCAUCCGGAUACGUAGGUGAUGGGUUGAAUUGUACCGAGGAGGAUACGUGUCAAUCGAGCCCUUGUUUCGGUGGGGUCAGCUGCCGGUGGGAUGUUGAUCCUCCGCAUUACGUGUGCGGUAGGUGUCCGGAGGGGUAUGAAGGUGAUGGGAGGUUCUGCAAUAGGAAUGCUUGUGCGGAGAAACCUUGCUUUGCGGGGGUGAAUUGCUUCAAGACGAAUACCGAGCCGUUCUUUAGCUGCGGCGAGUGUCCGGUUGGGAUGGCAGGGAAUGGAGUUUUGUGCGGGUUGGAUAGUGAUUCGGAUGGUUAUCCGGAUUCUAGGUUGGAUUGUGCUGAUUCUGUGUGUGCGAAAGAUAACUGUUUGGGGUUACCUAAUUCGGGACAGGAAGAUAGGGACGGAGAUGGGAUAGGAGACGCUUGCGAGAUGGAUGUCGAUUUCGAUGGGAGGAAGAAUGAAGAGGAUAACUGUCCAGACGUAGCGAAUCCGAAGCAGGAUGAUGUUGACGGAGAUAAGAUCGGCGAUGUUUGCGAUAAUUGUGAGCGGGUUAGCAAUACGGAUCAAUUGGACUUGGAUGGGGAUGGCGUUGGAGAUGCUUGUGAUGGGGACGUGGACGGCGAUGGUUUGGUUAAUGUAAAUGAUAACUGCUGGUUGGUGUUUAACUCGUGUCAGUUGGAUGUAGAUUUUGAUGGAGUCGGCGAUUUGUGCGACAACUGUCCGAAUAACUGGAAUUCAGAUCAGAGAGAUUCGGAUGGAGACGGAAUCGGUGAUGUUUGUGACACGGAGCUGGAUACGGAUGAGGAUGGUAUUCAGGAUGAUCGGGACAAUUGCUGGGAGUUGGAGAAUGCCGAUCAAUUGGAUAGUGACGAGGAUGGUGUGGGAGAUGCCUGUGACAAUGACAUGGAUAACGAUGGAGUGGUAAAUGAAGAAGACAACUGUCUUUUGAUUAUGAACCCGGAUCAAGAAGACGUAAAUAUGAAUGGCGUUGGAGAUCGCUGUGAGGAGGACUUCGAUGGGGACAGCGCUGUAGACUGGGAAGACAAUUGUCCGCUGAAUGCUAAAAUCAAACAUUCGGACUUUCGGAACUUCACCACUGUAGCACUUGAUCCGAGUGGUGUUAGCCAGGAAGAUCCCUAUUGGGAGAUUCAUAGCCGUGGCGCCGAGAUAUUUCAGAGGUUCAACAGUGAUCCAGGACUGGCGAUUGGCCGUGACCGCCUGGAAGGCGUAGAUUUCGAAGGAACGUUCCAUAUAGCAGCUGACGAGACGUCUGUAGAUGAUGACUUCGUAGGAUUUGUGUUCGGCUACGUGAACAAUCGUAAAUUCUACUUUGCCUCCUGGAAACGUGGCGAUCAAAAGUAUUGGGAACAUAAACCUUUCACUGCAAUGGCAACCGCCGGAAUUUUGCUUAAACUGGUCAACAGUCAAACCGGACCGGGAACCUAUUUACGAAACAGUUUGUGGAACGAUGCAAGCAUAACCGGCCAAACGCGACUUCUGUGGAAAGAUAAAAAUGCGAACGGAUGGAAAUUUAAUACUGCUUAUCGGUGGAAGCUGCUACAUCGACCAGCGAUUGGACUGAUUCGGUUUCGGCUGUUCCAAGGCACAACACUUAUCGCUGACUCCGGGAAUAUUUUCAACUUCAGUAUUAAAGGUGGCCGACUGGGAGUGUACUGCUUCUCGCAGGCUCUAAUAACUUGGUCCAAUAUAGUGUAUCGUUGCAGCGAAACCAUCCCUCGCAAUAUCUUCAACGAAAUCCACCUAAGACUAUCACCACAGCUUCUCAACAAAACCACGGUCAGCGACGAGAAUUGGUAAUCCAAAACUGGACAAAACUUAGCCCACGACGAUUCAACUGCAAAACUAAUGUAUUAUCGCUGCCAUUUAUCAUUUGUCGCCUCCGCUGGCAAAUAAAAAAAAUGAUUGAAUUAUUCGACUAAUCUAAAAACCAAAAAACCCGUGACCCCGCACCAUCUAUGGGUUUGAGCCGACGAAACAAACUAUUACCUAUUCAAGCCAUCGAGUUUGACUGGCUAUAUUUCUUAAUUUACACUCACUUAUCAACCGGUAUAAUCGGUGGUGGUUUUGGAUUCGAAAAAUUUGGACAAGAACGCCCACACGAAUGUGUGGCCGACAAUCGGUCGCUGCGGAGCGAUAGACGAUAAUGGAUGUUCGCGGAGCAUCGAGGCGGUUCUCACCGCGGGGUUCGUAUAGGCCAUUAUGUGUGUGUGUGGGUCUCUGUUAUUAGUCAAUUAUAUUGCAAUAAAAACUGUCAGUUUUAU